AAGGGCAUGGCCAGGAUGACAUUUUAUUACAAGAUUGUCGUGUUUCUAGUUCUAGUUGUGAAUCUGAGCUAUCGUGGAGACGCUGCCAAGAAUGAUAGUUUAGGAGCUUCUUUCAUAUUUGGGGACUCCCUGGUGGACGCUGGAAACAACAACUAUCUGUCAACUCUGUCCAGGGCAAACAUGACGCCCAAUGGAAUUGAUUUUAAGGCCUCCGGAGGAAAUCCCACCGGCCGCUUCACCAACGGACGAACCAUUGCUGAUAUUGUUGGAGAGAAACUGGGGCAAUCAAAUUAUGCUGUGCCAUUUUUGGCCCCCAAUGCAACUGGCAAAGCUAUACUAUCUGGAGUGAAUUAUGCUUCUGGAGGAGGAGGGAUUCUGAAUGCAACAGGAGGAAUAUUUGUGAAUAGAUUGGGAAUGGAUAUUCAGGUGGACUACUUUAACAUCACGAGGAAAGAGAUAGAUAAAUUGCUGGGAAAAUCAAGGGCAAGAGAUUUCAUAAUGAAGGAAUCCAUGUUCUCCAUCACAGUUGGAUCAAAUGAUUUUCUCAACAAUUACCUUCUCCCAUUCGUCUCCAUUGGAGCAAGAAUUAAUGAGAGCCCAGAUGCUUUCGUCGAUGAUAUGAUUAAUCACUUCAGAGCUCAACUCACUAGACUUUACAAGCUGGAUGCUCGGAAAUUUGUGGUGGCCAACGUUGGUCCGAUUGGGUGCAUACCUUACCAGAAGACCAUAAAUCGGCUGGGUGAAAAUGAGUGUGUGGAUUUGGCAGAAAAGCUUGCAGUUCAAUACAAUGCUCGAUUAAAGGAUUUGCUUGCCGAACUAAAUGACAACCUCCCCGGAGCCACGUUUGUGCUUGCCAAUGUGUACGAUCUAGUGAUGGAACUCAUCCAGAAUUAUGAGAAAUACGGAUUUAGAACAGCGAGUGUAGCAUGCUGUGGAAAUGGAGGGCAGUACGCAGGGAUAAUUCCAUGUGGGCCGACGUCAAGCUUGUGCACGGACAGGGACAAGCAUGUGUUCUGGGAUCCAUACCAUCCAAGUGAGGCUGCCAACUUGAUCCUCGCCGGUCAGCUGGUCGACGGAGACACCAGAUUCAUUUCUCCCAUGAAUCUUCGCCAGCUUCGUGACCUUUAGUGUCAUUGUUCCCCCAACGCCCAUUCAUUAAUUUCCCCUUCAUUUUUCUGUCAUGCUUUUGUCUUUCUUGUUUCUCCAAGCAUAUAUGUCCUGCCGUUUUACAAUUUUGUCUUCUUUUAUUAUUGCAUGCAAUCAUUUCCCUAGCUAGUACUAUUUAAAUCAAGCAAUGGACCUGUUGUGGAUUGAAAUUAAUGUACAAGUUGAUAUCUCACUACAAGUCUGUGAGAUAAUAUUAU